GGGGGGGGUAAGGUUACAAGACUGAGUAUAAAUAGAGGAAAAGAUGUAUUGAAUCAAACAUUGUAAUGAGUAAUAUGGAUCAUGCUUGGCAUUCACUCUCAGGUGAAUGGGCAGUGCCUUACAACUGAGGUAAAUUAUAUACAUUUCUUCAUUCUAAUUUACUCAAGAAAAAUAAUUUUAAAUCCCAAACAUUAGCCAGUUAAAACAUGUACAAUCAAAACUGAAAAUCAUGUUCUAAACUAGAUAACCCUGCAUCACGACCCCCCCCCAAAGAGCCGUUGCUGCUAAGAUUGGAAGACCAAUAGGAAUAAAUAAAUAAAUAAAUAAAUAAAAUGUUUCCAUGCACUGCAGAGAUCAGAUUUGCCUCCCCUGGGUUUAUUUUCUUAUCUUUAAACCCACGCAGGUUUCCAUUCAAGGUGGCCAUUGGUGGGACAAGCACCAGCGGCACUUUGUGUGAUCAGCAUGCUACUGUGCCUGCCUCUCACAUCAUGCACAGCCUGCCCUCAGAAAUGCCGCUGCGAGGACCUGCAGUUUUACUGCGACACGCAGGGACUCCUGGCGCCCCCAGACGGCGUGGACAGAGGAGCCCUGGGACUCUCGCUCCGGCACAACAGCAUCCACGAGCUAAACCCCGAGCAGUUCUUCGGCUUCACCCAGCUAACCUGGCUCCACUUGGACCACAACCAAAUACUCAACGUGCAUGAGGAUGCCUUCCAGGGGCUCUACAAGCUCAAGGACCUGAACCUGAGCUCCAACCGCAUCACCAAGCUGCCCAACACAACCUUCAUCCACCUCAUCAACCUGCAAAUCCUGGAUCUAUCCUUUAACCAGAUGACUGCGCUGGAGCCCGAGCUCUUUCACGGGCUUCGGAAGCUCCAGAUCCUCCACCUGAGGUCCAACUUCCUGCGGACCACACCCGUCAGGGCCUUCUGGGACUGUCGGAGCCUGGAGUACCUUGGGUUGAGCAACAACCGGCUUCGGAGCCUGGCUCGGAAUGGAUUCGCCGGGCUAAUAAAGCUACGGGAGCUCCAUUUGGAACACAACCACUUGACCAAGAUCAAUCUGGCCCACUUCCCGCGUCUCGUCGCCCUCCAGUUCCUCUAUCUCCAGUGGAACAAGAUUAACAAUUUAUCAUGUACCAUGGAGUGGGAGUGGACCACUCUGGAAAAACUGGAUCUAACUGGGAACGAGAUACGCACGCUAACCCCUGAAGUGUUUGAAACUUUACCGAACCUAAAGGUUCUGCUGCUGGAUAACAACAAGUUGACCAGCCUUGAUACCCAAACCACAGAUAUGUGGAAGUCUCUGAACACCAUCGGGUUGUCCAGCAACCUUUGGGAAUGUACAAAAAAGAUUUGCAACUUGGCCAGUUGGCUUAGUAAGUUUAAGGGUCGAUGGGAACAUUCCAUCCUAUGCCACAGCCCUGAGUUCACACAGGGCGAGGAAAUACUAGACGCUGUUCAUGGAUUCCAACUCUGCCAAAACAUCUCAGCACCCGUCGUACUGACCAGCACCAUGAUGGAGGCCACGUUACCCCAACAGUUCACUAGCUCCUUUUUUGGGAAUAUGCAGACGCCGACGCAGGACUUCUACCCUGAGGAUUUUGGGAGCUUUACCACCGUCACGACGACUACCACCACCACUCAAACCCCACAAACUACCAUGGCUACCACCACAGUGGAUGGGGAAAACGUUACCGAGGACUACGGCGCCAUCGACAACACCCUACUGACCCACAGAGUCAUCAUAGGUACCAUGGCCCUUUUGUUUUCGUUCUUUCUCAUCGUUUUUGUAGUGUACAUCUCACGGAAGUGCUGCCCUCCGACUCUACGACGGAUCCGCCACUGCUCCGCCAUUCAGAACCGGCGACAGAUGAGGACCCAGCAGAGGCAGCCGAUGGCGGACCUGGCCACACAGGUGCCCUAUAACGAGUACGAGCCGACGCACGAGGAAGGUGCGCUAGUGAUCAUUAACGGUUACGGGCAGUGCAAGUGUCAGCAACUGCCUUACAAAGAGUGUGAAGUAUAAACAAUAUUUAUUUCUGCCGUUUAUGGGUUGCGCCAUUUCAACCAUUUCGAAAGAUACAGGGUUUGUUUCGGACCUUUUGGAAAUAAAUCAGCGUUGAUUCUUUAUACUGGUUUUGGAAGAAAAAAAAAUAAUAAUCAAUCAAUCAAUGAAAACCGGAAGGUCACGAGAACGGAAUUGAAACGAGAUGUAUAAAGAAGCUCAAGUUUAUUUUUAUAGUAUGAAAGCAAAGUUCAUAUCAAGCUGGGGCAAUCAAUCUCAGAUGGUCAUACGUGAGAUUCGUCAUUAGUCGCUUAUCCAGCAGCACAGAAAAGACAAGAGAGAAACAAAGCCAAAAUCAUCUGGAAAGCUGAGGUCCAGAAGAAAAAAAGAAAAGAAAAAAAAAAAAAAAUUAUGUAUGAAACUGCAUUCUUAUUCUGAUAAAUGUUCCGAUUUUAUAUUGUGGUAAGACGUGCUGUUGCAUAUGAUGCACAGAAACACGAAUCAGACGAGAGAGAGAGAGAGAGAGAGAGAGAGAGUUUUAUGGUGCACGUUAGACUACACUAUAGAUCU